UGUUAAUUACUAGGGAUAUCAUAUUAAUAUAAACAUAGGUAUAUUAUAAUCUAGAAAAAGAAUACAACAUAAUAAAAACCAUGUUCAUGGGUGUGACACCAUCAUUUCUUUAUAUAUAUAUACAUGACGUAAUUUUUCUGCUUUUUAUCCACUAAUAAAAUAUAUUCCUACGCCUUGAGUAUGCGAUCGAAAAGUAGAUCGUAAUGUAAAAGCAAUUUUUGCAAUAAAAACGUGAUUAUUAUUCUUCUAAUAGAGAUUAUGCACGCAAUUAUUAAAUAUUACAUUUUUAAAUCUUCAUUAUUUUUUAAAAAUACAUUCAUGUAGUAACGAUUGGGUAUUCAGUGUUGUUGAGAGUCAGUUUAAACUUCGUUGAACGUUUGUUCGUUUGUUGUUUAUGGUUUGUGGCCCAUCCCAGUUCGCUGUGAAUGUGUGUGCCGUUUCCAUAAUAAAAUAACGAUAAAUUUAUGGAUAACAUCUCUUUUUGAUAGUUAAAAGGCUACGAUGCCUGAGGAUAAAAAAAUGGCAGUUGAUAAUGAUACUCUCUCUACAAAAAAGUCUUCCACUAUUACCCGUAGUAGUGGAAGCACAACAGCGCAAGUUACAAUGCUUGAUGGUUCCAUUUUGCCCAUAGUUAUUGAUAGGAAAGCAAAAGGAAAAGAGUUACUGGAUAAAGUAUGUGAAUCUAUCAAUUUAAUAGAAAAAGAUUAUUUUGGAUUGGUUUAUUCAGACAGACAUGAUCCUAGAAAUUGGCUUGAUUUGGAAAAAAGAAUAAGCAAAUUUAUGAGAGUUGAACCGUGGAUGUUCAGUUUUGAAGUUAAAUUUUAUCCACCGGAUCCGGCGCAAUUACAAGAGGACAUUACCCGCUACCAUUUGUGUCUUCAAAUCAGAAAUGAUAUUUUAAAUAAUCGUUUACCGUGUUCAUUUGUCACUCACGCGCUGUUGGGAUCAUACCUCGUUCAAUCCGAAUUGGGGGAUUACGAUCCCGAAAAUAUGGGUAAGAAUUAUUUGAGCGAAUUCAAAUUUGCACCAAAUCAAAAUCAGGACUUGGAACAAAAAGUUAUGGAGUUGCACAGGACUCACAAAGGUCAAACUCCAGCUGAAGCUGAAUUACAUUAUUUGGAGAAUGCUAAGAAAUUAGCCAUGUAUGGAGUUGAUUUACAUCCUGCCAAAGAUUCGGAAGGUGUUGACAUUAUGUUGGGUGUCUGCGCUUCUGGAUUGUUGGUCUAUAGAGACAGGCUCCGUAUAAAUCGGUUCGCUUGGCCGAAAAUUAUAAAAAUCAGUUACAAACGCCACAAUUUCUACAUCAAGAUACGUCCGGGUGAUUUCGAGCAAUUCGAAUCGACGAUAGGUUUCAAAUUGGCCAAUCAUAGAGCAGCUAAAAAACUUUGGAAAACUUGCGUGGAACAUCAUACAUUUUUCAGGUUGAUGUCACCAGAAACUAAUCAAAAACCGUCUCUGUUUCCGAAAUUAGGCUCGAAAUUCAGAUAUUCCGGUCGGACUCAUUAUGAAACCCGAAAAACUCCAAUAGAUCGUCCGGCGCCUCAAUUCGAACGCUCUUUAACUGGAAAACGAUUGACUUCUCGCAGCAUGGAUCCAUUAGGUGGAUUACGACCCGAAGACGAUUUUAAUGAAUCAAAUAAACGACACACUAUGUCUCAUCCACCCGAAUACAUACCGGAUAUAGACAAUCAAACACCGGCGACCGUUAAGUCACCUAAAGAGAAAAAAGAAAAAGAAAAGAAAGGGAAGCCCGUGGGCGGUGUCGCCGUAUUACCCGCCGGCGGUUUGUUCGGCAAAAAGAAUGAUAAAGACAAAGAAAAUAGAGAUUUGAAUGCUCCACAACAAAACGGAGACGAUUCCCAAUUGAAUACCAGCAAUGAAAGCGAUAAAUCACCUCGAGACAAAAAGGACAAAGGAAAGAGUCCCGGUUUUCUGUUUGGUUCCAAAAAAGAAAAAUCUCCGAAAGAGAAAAAAGAAAAAAUCGCAGCUACUACCGAUAAAGAAAAAAGUGGCGGUCCUCCUGUCGGUUCGCCACAAUUGCCGGGAUAUACUAGAGAAUACGAUUACGAAACUACGGAAGAUCAAGUAACGCCGAAAAAACCUUUCGCGCAAGGUUUCAGUUACGAAAAACCGGGUUCCCCUUCGAGUCCUACGGGUUCGAACGAAACGCCUCAUUCUCCUACCAAAAGAGCGACAGCGACCGCUUUCAAUUACGCUCCCGGAGACGUGGGCAAACUUAAAAAAGAACUUUUUAAAGAUCCCAAAGCGGAUAGCGCCGCUUUUAUCGAAGGCGAGCAAUAUUCUCACCAAGCUCCGCCUUCGACGCAAAAAGCACUCAAAUUCGGUUCGGUCGCGACACCCAAAAAAACGAAGCCGGUUACUUUGUACGUCGUUACAGGUACUAGGGAUCCCAAAACCGGUUACAUUGACGUUACCACGGCGACGGUCGAUAAAACGGUGGGCGACCAAAACGUCGAUACCGGAUUGAUCGAUUGCAAAUACGGUUUAAUCGAUCCAUCUAACGGUACCAUUAUUAUAACCGAUCCUGCAAACGGUCAAAAGGAAGUAGUACAAGGACACAUAGAUCCAAUCACCAAACAAAUUGUAAUAACUUCGGGCUCGGUUAUAGAUCCAAAAACCGGUAAGAAGAGUUCAAAUUUGGGUCAAAUUAUAACCAUUUACGAACCGAAAACGAGAGGUACUACCGAUAAACUUACCGUGCCGCCGAAUAAGAGAUUAAUAAAAAUUACGGUGACUACGGCAAAGAAAGAUCCUAAAACGGGACGCGUCGAAGCAGAAAAAGGUCAUACGGAAACUUUGGACGCCAUAUUAGAACCGGCUACCGGUAGAAUCGAUUCCAAAUACGGAAUAAUCGAUCCCGUUAAUAGUACUAUCACUAGCAAGGAUCCGAAAAGCGGUAAAAUCGAACAAUACCCCGUGGAAAUCGAUAGUAAUUUGGGCCAUUUCGUAGUCAGACAAGGCGUCAUCGAUCCGAAAUCGAACAAAAUCGAUAACAGUUUGGGACAAUUGAUCAAAAUAUCCGAACAAGGCGAUUCCGUCGUACCGGUAACGGCAUUGACGGCACCGCGGGAUCCCAAAACGGGACAAUUGGAUCCCGCAAAAGCGCACAAAGAAACAACCAACGGCAAAAUCGAUCCAAAACACGCUCUUAUUGUUACGAAAUACGGAUCCGUUAACGUUAAAGAUAAAAAGAUUAUAAGUCGCGAACCGAAGACCGGUAAAGUCGAAGAACAUCCCGUACAAUUCGACGUCAACGAUAACGUAAUUAUAUUAAACGGAGUUGUAGAUCCAAGAACCGGAAUUAGAGACGAUGCCUUGAGUCAGAUACUUCAAAUCGAAUCCGAAAUCGAACCGGAUAUAGUGGUUACGUCGCAAGGUGGUAAACUCGAUAAAAAAGGACUAGAUCCGAAAUUCGUUUCGGCGCCAGAUAAAUCGAUCGGUUUAUACGAUCAAGAAGGCAACAAAGUUUACACCAAAUACGGUAUCGUUAACGUCAUACACGAAACUUUGUCGUUUAUCGAUCCAAAAACCGGAAAAACCGAAAUUAAGCAAGGACACAGAGAACCUUCCGGUGAUAUACUUUUUAAAGGUUUAGUCAAUCCGAAAACGGGAAAAAUCGAUAAAGACUACGGUAGAGUAAUCAAAUUCGAACUUAGCGAACCUAAAGUGGAUUCUUCCGUUAGUACCGCGCCUUAUAAACCGGAUAAAAGAAGCGCGCCAAUAACUCCGGUCAAAGUACCGAUACCGACCGCUAAUAAAGGACGAAAUAAAGUUAUCAAAAUUUUAACGGUAACCGCCAAAAAAGAUCCUAAAACAAAUCAAUUGGAUGUUGAACGCGGUCACGUGGAUCAAUCGGCAGGAAUUUUAACGCCGAACGGACAAAUCGAAUCGAAAUACGGUUUGAUCGAUCCGAAAAAAGCCACAAUCACCAUUUUGGAUCCGGCCACCGGUAAACAGGAAAUCGUUCAAGGACAAAUAGAUCCGAUCACCGGACAAUUGCUAUUCGUGAACGGGCCGAUUAUAGAUCCAAGAACCGGUAAAAAAGAUCAAACGCAGGGCCAAAUAAUUCAUAUCGCUUCGUACGAACCGAAAGAGACGACUCCCGUUAAAAAUCUACUCGCUACUCAUCCGAUACCUAAAAAGAGAAUCGUCAAAAUUUUGAUUAUAACCGGAAGAAAAGACGCCACUACCGGUAAAAUCGAUACAGAUAAAGGAACGGUGGAAAAAUUGACCGCCACUGCGGAUCCGAUCAGCGGCAUAAUCGAAUCCAAAUACGGAAAAAUCGAUAUACAAAAUAAGAAAUUCGUUUCCAAGGAAAAAUCCGGAAAAUCCGUAGUUACACCUAUUAAAGUCGACGAAAAUACCGGACAAAUUUAUAUAGACGAUAACGUCGUAGAUAGUAAAACUGGUAAAAUCGAUCGGGGUUUAUCUCGAGUGAUUAACGUCGUCGAUCCGCAACAUCCGGCCGUAAUAAUAACUACAAUCACCGCGACGAGAGAUCCGAAAACCGGUGAGAUAAUCGAUUUGAAAAACGGUCGCACCGAAAUAUCCAACGGAAAAAUUAUACCGCAAACCGGGGAAAUCCUUACCAAAUUGGGUACCGUCAAUUUGAAAUCGAUGAGAAUAACUUGGAGGGAUCCCAAAUUCGGUAUGGUACAAGAACGUCCCGUUCGAAUAGAUAAAGACGAUAAUAUCAUCGUUCCUUCUACUGCCGACGGUAAUAACAACAAAGUACACGUCGUUCAAGUCGGUCCCGAGGUCGAUCCGGAAAUUCAAAUAAAAACUUACGUCGGUAAAAUCGAUACCAAGAAAAAUAGUAUCGAUUUGAAAAAUUCCGAAUGUGAUACGACACCGGGACUUUACGAUCCCGACAAAAACAAAAUUUACACUAAAUACGGACAUCUAGAUCCAAUAUCGGAAACUCUAACUAUUAUCGAUCCGAAAACAGGCAAAUACGAAAUUAGACAGGGUAACGUCGAAUCUAAUACCGGCGAAUUAUUAUUCAAAGGCGGUUUCAACAAUCCCAAAACCGGAAAAAUGGAAAAAGAAUUCGGUAGAUUGAUGUCGGUUCAAAUAACCGAACCGAUCGUAGAUUCCGUAACGUCUCAACAACCUUCCGAAAAAGAUUAUUAUCGACAAAUCGAAGCGUCCCCCGCUUCUCCCGUUAAAGAAGUCGUAACUAAGGGUAUUCUUCAUCCCAUAGCCAAACACAGGAUAGUCAAAAUUAUGGUAAUCACCGGAAAGAAAGAUCCGAGAACGGGUGGUGUGGAUACCGAAAACGGUAACGUUGAACACAUAACCGGAAUCUUGGAUCCUAAAACCGGUCUCGUCGAAACUAAAUACGGUCAAUUGGAUCCGACGACAGGUUCGUUAAUAACAAAAGAUUCAUCCGGAAACAGUCGAAUCGUCGAAGGAAAAGUAGAUCCGAUUACGAAUCAAAUAAUCGUAAACGGAGGUCCGGUAACCGAUCCGAAUACCGGCAAAACGGAUCCCGAUAUGGGACAAAUAUUUUCGAUAGUCGGUUUAAAACAAGCGCAAGAGCCGAAUUUGGCCCCCGUUCCGAAGAAAAAGAUUAUAAGGAUCACCGUUAUUACAACUAAAAUAGAUCCGAAAACUGGUAAGAUCGAUAACGAUAAAGGACAAAUCGAACAAACGACCGCCUUGCUCAAUCCCGAUACCGGUCUUAUCGAAUCCAAAUAUGGACUAAUCGAUCCUAAAAACGGUAAAAUAAUCAUCAACGAUCCCAAAUCCGGUAAAGUCGACGCUAAAUCGGCGCACGUUAACGAAGUACAAGGUCAAAUUAUCGUUUCGAGCGGCGUCGGCGAUCCGAAAACGGGAAAAAUCGAUAAUUCCUUGGGACAAAUAAUCAGUAUAGCCGGUCACAACGAUCCGAUUAUAGAAAUUACUACAGUAACGGCGAAAAAGGAUCCGCUCACCGGAAAAAUCGAUGUAAACAACGGCCACAUGGAUAAUUCUAAAGCUCAAAAAAUAUCGGCUACCGGAGAUAUCGUAACCAAAUACGGUACGAUUAAUAUUAAAAAAUUACAAAUCAUUUCGUCGGAUCCAAAAAGCGGUAAAACUCAAAUUAUUAGACCGAUUCAAGUAGACGAAGAAGGUAACGUAAUCGUUUUAUCCGGAGUAAAAGAUCCCAAAAGCGAUACCGUUAAUCCGGAUCUGUGUCAAAUUAUCAAAUUAGGAUCCGAAAUCGAACCCGAAGUUCAAAUAGUAACGUUCGCCGGAAAAUUAGAUCCCAAAAAGAACACCGUCGCCGAUACGAAAAAUCUCGUACCGGAUAUAUCGAACGGACUUUACAAUCCCGUAACUCAUAAAAUCGAUUCCAAAUACGGUCAGAUCGAUCCGGUAAAAGCUACUUUAACUUAUACCGAUCCGAAAACAGGACGUUCGGAAGUUAAACAAGGCGCGAUAGAUCAUUCGACCGGACAUAUUUCGUUUAGGGGUUACGUCAAUCCUAAAACCGGAAAACUGGAUCAGAAUUACGGUCGUAUAGUCGCCGUACUUAUUAACGAUCCGAAAAUCGACGAAAAGGGAGAAAUCGUUAGAAAAGACGACAAAAAAGUCCGAAUCGAUCCGAAGAGUAAUCAAGUAUGGAUUUACGAUUACGACGAUCCCGUUACGAAAGAAGAAGUCUACGUUACCGGUCACGUAGAUCCCGUUACCGGUUAUAUAGUUUCGGUGUACGGUCAUUCCGAUCCGAAAUCCGGUUCUAUCGCUAAAAUAAAUAAAAUAGAUCCGAUUAAUGUAAAAAUCGAUUCGGAAACCAAUCAAGUUUUCACUAAAACGUCUCGAAUCGACGAUACGACCGGUGAACCAUUAUAUUCGGCUUCGGAAAUCGAUCCGAAAAACGGACAAAUUUAUACGAAAUACGGAAAAAUCGAUCCGAAAACCGGAAAAUUCGUUAUAGUUAGAAUCUACCUUAUAGCGCAAAACGAUCCCCAAGGUAAAGUCAAAGAAAUAGAUCCGAAAGAUUGUCAAUUCGACGAAAAGACCGGAAGGAUUAUAAACGUUUCGACUCAAACCGUAUACAUUUAUAGCAUGGUCGAUCCGAAAACGGGAAAAAUCGUUCAAGUAGAUCCCGACGAUCCUCUAGUUAAGAGCGCCACCACCAAAGUAACGCAAGUCUUAACCCUUACCGGCGAAAUCGAUCCCGUUACCGGUAAAAUACAUACGGAAUGGGGUCACAUCGAUCCACGAACCGGCGAUAUCGAUCCCAAAACGGCUAAAAGGGAUCCCGUUACGGGGCAACUUAUUUUAAAUUACGCCCAAAUAGAUCCGACUCAUUUCAAAGAUCUCAAAGAUACCAAAGUCAAAGUAAAAACUUACGAUCGAACCGGCGGCGACGACGACGGUUCUUCGGGAGAUGAUAGUAGCGACGACGAUUUGAACGAAUACGCGGCGGAUAAUUUGAAAGAUAUCGCCAAUUUGAAAAUACCGAAAGGCGCUAGAAAAGGAGGACCGAGUACUCCGGUUAUAGUGAAAACGACGACCAAACAGACCGUCACCAAAGAUAAGGACGGCCUUACGCAUAACGUCGAAGAAAAAGUCGAAGACGGAAGAACUGGAGAAGUCACUUAUUCGACGCAAGUUAAUAAGGCGGACGUUCCUGUUGACGAUGGUAAAUCGCCAUUCGUGACAGCUCGAGCUGUCACAACCAGAACGGCAACCACACACGAAGAUUUGGGUACGAACGCUCGUACCCAACAACUAGAAGAAAAAACCGUGGCACAUUCCAUGACAUCGAGUGCGACGAGACAAGAACAAAGAACCGUCACACAAGAAGUCAAAACUACCAGUACGGUUGUUAGUGGAGAUCAGCUGGGCAGACGAGACAGCGUUAGUUCGACUAGUUCAGGUGACUCAGGCACACCCAUCGAUCCACCAGAUGAUCCGAAUCAUCCCUAUUACAACAGUCCCAUAUACAAGGAUAACAUACCUGAAGGUAUAGUACAAACUGAAAGUAUCGUUUAUCGGGGAGAUCCCACAAUUAUUCAUUCAACGACCAACGUACCUGUGGUGGCAACGGAAGCACGCAAAGUUAAUUUGACUUCUGAAGAUGGAACCUACAGCGCUACGGGUGAAAUAAUAAGUUCGCAAACAAUCAGUUCGAAAACUAGAACUGUGGAAACAAUAACCUAUAAAACCGAAAGAGAUGGAGUGGUCGAGACUAGAGUAGAACAAAAGAUAACGAUUCAAUCUGAUGGCGAUCCAAUCGAUCACGAUAAGGCUUUAGCGGAAGCUAUACAAGAAGCGACAGCUAUGAAUCCCGAUAUGACGGUGGAGAAAAUCGAGAUUCAACAACAAACUACACAAUAAUGCGCGUGUAGCAAUAUUUUUUAUAUUAUUAUUAUUAUAAUAUAUAUAGUGUACACUUUUUAUUAAAUAUUUUUGAUUCCCAAAUGAUUAGCACAACUAAAUGUAAUAAAAUUGUAAUAGAACAUUUUUCGGAUUGAGAACAUUUUAUGAUGGUCAAACCGGUAAAAUAUUAUAUUCGAAAACUGAUCUAUUUGUAGAGCAUCUGCUUCUUUUAACAUUUGAGCUCUUUUUUUAUCACACAAGUUGCUCUUUUAAUUAUUGUGUAUAUUUCGAUUUGGGCAGGUAUAAUAGAUAAGAUUUUUGUUUUUAUUCGUGUCAAACACUUUUCUUUUUAAUUUAUAUUAUUAACUUAUUUAAUUCUAAUAUUAAAUGUGUGUUUUAUUUAAAAAUAGAUAUCGAGUCAUUAAAGACACUCGCACCGCUAAGAGAUGCUUUGCUGAUCAAUUUAAACAAAAAAAAAAUACGUGCAUACUACGGCAAAAUAUGUAAGGUGCUUAAACAAAUUUUACGAAUCUCAAAACAGUAACAACAAAAUGUGUUCAACUAAUAAAAAAAAUAAUAUAUAUAAUAUGUAUAAAUAUAUGCUUAAAAAAUUUCUAUGUCUAACCACAUUCCAUAAUAUUAUUGAUAAUAAAGUGUUUAUCAAUAAGAUGUUAAUAUUUGAAAAAAUUUUUAUUUAUAAAAAAACUUGCGGUAGCUAUAUUUUUCAGCUAGGACUAGGAUGAUAAGGGACCUCUUUUGUUUCACAAUUUCAUAGCUAAUGACAAGUGCCACAAAAUUAAGUCUGAUAUUUUGUAUUUCGUUUUCUUUUUUGAAUCGAUUUCAGGCCGGAUUUUACAAUUUCAAAAACUAUCUUUGGUAUUAUUAAAUCUAGUCCUGUUUACUGCAAUCAUCUUCAGAAACUGAUAAAUUCGGGAUACCUCGGUUGAUGAUAACUCGGCUAUCAAAACGUUCAUCCUACCAAAGAAACCGGUUUAAAGAACAUUGUUCGGAUGGUUUAUAACAUUUUGUAAUUUUUGCAAAUCGCAAAUACCGGCCUGGAUCGUACUUUUUUUUUUAAAGGAACUUUGUUGAGCUGUAAAUGUUUGAAAACGUUUAUUAACCAUGACAUUUUUUAUUGCCUCGAGACUAAUUGUCCAUUCAGAUUGAUGUGUCGAUGUGGUUUUUGAUUUAUUUAAUUGUCCAAUUAAAUCAUUUUUAAUGGACGAGGUGGUCCUUUUUUAUUGUCAAAAUUAUUGAUAUUUUCAUUGCUGAUAUUGGAAAAAAAUAUACUUUUAAGUUUAUAUUAUUAUUAUUUUUUUUAUAUACUUAUAUAAAUAAAUGUCUUUGUGGUAUUAUUAUUAUUAUUAUUAUUCAAAGUAGAUGCACUUAUUUACUUUUAUAUCAUAUUGUAUUUUCUUUGAUUAUGAAUAGCAUUUUUUUCUUAUGAUAGUGUUUUGCUUCAUCAUUUUUUAGCUAUAGUUGUUCAUACAUAAAUCACAUUUGUUUUAUUUUUUAAUUUUAUUUGAAUAAAGAUGUUUGAAUAAA